AUGGCCUGCUGGCAGUGGUGCCAGCGCACCUGUGUGUGCCUCAUGAGCGAGGAGGAGAAGAAGACCAUGGCUGUGCACAAAGAGAUCCAGAGGAUCCUCAAGCAGCAGAAGAAGAAAGAGAAGAAGGAAGUUAAAGUCCUCCUGCUGGGAACUGGCGAGAGUGGAAAGACCACCUUCAUCCGACAAAUGAGGAUCAUCCACGGGCGAGGCUUCUCAGAAGAGGAGAGGAAAACCUUUGCUAAAUUAAUCUUCCAGAACAUCUUCUUGGCCAUCAAGGCCAUGACCGGCGCCAUGACCACGCUCAGAAUCCCCUACUCGAACCCCGAGAACGAGAUGGUCGCCAAGUGGCUGCAGGACGUAAACACAAUGCAUAUCACCCAGCUGGAGCGGGGCUACGUGGAGGCGAUCCGCCGCCUCUGGGCCGACCCGGGCAUCCGUGUCUGUUACAGACGCCGCUGCGAGUACCAGCUCCUGGACUCCACAGAGUACUACAUGAGUAACCUGGAUCGCAUCGCCGUCCAAGACUACAUCCCCACAGAACAGGACGUGCUGCGGGUUCGAUUCCCCACCACAGGCAUCCACGACUAUUCCUUCACCAUCAAGCCCGUCACGCUAAGGAUUGUGGACGUGGGCGGUCAGAAGUCAGAGCGUCGGAAGUGGAUACACUGCUUUGAAAAUGUCAUCUCCCUCAUCUUCCUGGCCUCCCUCAGCGAGUACGACCAGGUCCUCGAGGAGCGAGACGACAUAAACCGAAUGGAAGAGAGUCUGGCUCUUUUCUACACCACCAUCCAUUCCCCCUGGUUCCUCAAAACCUCCAUUAUCCUCUUCCUCAACAAGACUGACAUCCUGGCUGACAAAAUCCAGACCUCCGAUCUGCAGAAAUACUUCCCCAGCUUCACAGGUAAGAGGCAAGACCCGGAGGAAGCAAAGAAGUUCAUCCGUAAGAUGUACGAGCAGCAGGCGAGGAAACGUGACCAGACGGUGGAGUGGAAGACUCUUUACCCACACUUCACCUGCGCCACCGACACCAACAACAUCCGCAGGGUCUUCAACGAUGUCAAGGACACGGUGCUGCUCAAAUCUCUGGAGGAAUAUGGAAUCAUGUGA